UGGUAUAUUUCUGCUGUCACUUCUCAGGAACUGUCGGACCUGUUGUGUAAAUAACAACUAAACGUUUUACCCCAUUUUAAUCGGGCAAAUUAAUCGGUACCGUUUUGUGCACCAGCAAUAACCGAACUCACAUUACAAAACAGAAAACAGUGUUGUCCAUUACCGAUCUAGCAAAAUGUCUGAGCGUAAAGUUUUGAACAAAUAUUAUCCUCCGGAUUUUGAUCCUGCAAAAAUUCCUCGCAUGAAAUUGGCGAAAAAUCGACAAUACACAGUUCGAUUGAUGGCUCCAUUUAACAUGCGUUGUGUCACUUGCGGAGAAUACAUUUACAAAGGAAAAAAGUUCAACGCCCGUAAAGAAGACGUCGAAGAUCAGACCUAUCUCGGAAUCCGGAUCUACCGGUUUUACAUCAAAUGUACGCGAUGUCUGCAAGAGAUUUCGUUCAAAACCGAUCCGCAAAACACCGACUAUGAAAUUGAGGCUGGUGCUACCCGGAAUUUCAUGGCUUUAAAAUUAGCCGAAGAGCAGGCAAAACGCGAAGAGGACGAUUUAAAGGAAGAGGAAGCAAGUAAUCCGAUGAAAUUGCUGGAAAAUCGAACGCAACAAUCGCGCAACGAAAUUGAAUUGCUCGAAUCGUUGGAAGAGUUGAAGGAUUUGAAUCGACGACAGCAACGGGUCGAUUACGAUUCAAUGUUGGAACGGUUCAAUACCACCGAAACGGAGCGAGAACGGGAGGAACGAUUGGAGCGACUGGACGAAGAGUUCAUUAAAGGCGUAAACUUUCACAAUAAAGGCGGUGUCAAGCGUGUGGCCGCUGAGGAAAUUGUUGAACUCGAUGAAAAGAAAGUCAAAACAUUUGAAAGUGCAAAGGCUGAAAAACCUACAACAUCUGCACCGUCAGUCGUAAAGGUGUCGACGGUACAAACGAUGAGCGUAGGUGGUUUUUCCAAUAAGAAUUUGAUGAAAAAUUUGAUAAAAGCCAAGGCUGUUCCAACGGCAACGGCUACGACAGACAAUGUAAAUUCAAAUACUAAAACGGAGUCAGCUUCGACGAAUGCCUUAUCGUUAUUAACUGGAUAUAGUGACAGUGAUGAGUCUGACGAUAACUAAGAAAUUAAACGGAUUUUGGUCGCAA